AAUUUCAUCAAAUCUCACAUUUUUAUUUAUUUUUUUGCCACCAUCCACUAAAUAAAAUCAAAUCAAAUAAAAAAUCCAACAAAUUUAAACCCCUCUGCUGAUUUUCUGCAACCCCAUUUCUUCCCUCCGUUUACUUGCUAAGAAAACGCAGGAAUAACCAAACUAUAAUUUUCUCAGCAACCAAACACUCCCAUACAGAUGGAAGUGGAAGUGAAAGUCAGACUCCCAGACUCAACCUCCCACCAAAAACUCUCUACACUCCUCUCCCCAUUCCACACCAAAACCCUUCUCCAAGAAAACGUCUUCUUCGAUGGCUCCGACUCCCAACUCUCCUCCAACCUCGCCGUCCUCCGCCUCCGCUUCAUCACCACCACCGCCACCGCCACCGCUCCUAACCACUGUGUCCUCUCCCUCAAGGCCCAACCCGUAAUUUCACAAGGAAUAAGCCGUGCCCAGGAGCUGGAAGAACCCAUGGACCCCACUCUCGGUCGCGCCUGUAUAGCCGAGCCAUGGCGGCUCUUGUCAGUCACUGACUCCGCCAUCGUUGAGAGAGUGAAGCAAGAGUUUGGGGUUUCUGGGUUGGUUUGCUUAGGUGGGUUUAGGAAUGUGAGGUCGGUGUAUGAUUGGCAAGGGUUAAAGAUUGAGGUGGAUGAGACUAACUUUGAUUUUGGGACGUGUUAUGAGGUGGAAUGUGAGACUGGUGAUCCUGAACGGGACAAGAAGGUGAUCGAGCGGUUUUUGGAGGAUAAUGGGAUUGGGUUUGAGUAUUCCCAGGUGUCCAAAUUCGCGGUGUUUUGGUCAGGCAAGUUGCCAUUUUACAACAGGGGGAGGUGAAACUAAAUUUGAACCGGAAUGUUUUAGUCGAAAACAGGAGGAGGUGCCAGUUGAGCUAUCUUGUGGGCUUGAAUAUUUGUGUUUUCUGUUAGGGUGCGUUUGGGAAGCCAAUGAAAAAAAAAUAUAUAUAUUAACUUUUGAGUUUAGUUUGGUGUGUCCCACAUCAGGAAAAAAGAAGAAGAAAAUUUCCUCUUCUCUAGGUUACUGUUAGCAAUAAACAAUCAACAAAGCAUAUGUAAAGUCACUCGAAAUAAUGUUUUAGCUCAUGGAUAAUACAAUCUGCUUAAGAUAAGCCUUGUGAAGCAGAGGUUAUUGGUGUGAAUAGUCUUAUUUCCCUUUCAUUGGGGUCAAAGUCACUAAUAUUUGAUUAAGGUUCCUAGUAGCAAGGUGGAAAUGUUAUGCAUGUGAAUAUACUGAAAAACAUAUGGGAUACGUUGGUGAUGCAGCUUUUGUAUUCUGCAGAGGAUUUGUGUAGAAAAUAGGAAGCAGAAAGCAGAAACCAUUUGGUUUUUGAUGGCUUGUCUAUUAAAGAGUAUAGAAAGAAGCCAUGGAAAAAUGCUUGUUCCGUGGUCUCGAAACUGAAUGGAACAGAGUGGUGGAUUUGGGUCUGCAAAACUGAUUAAAAGAUUAAAAAAGCUGUGAUUUGCAAGAUAAAUUGGGGGGUUACAGUUUAUUUGGAUUUGGAUUUGGAUUCAAAGGAAUCCAUGGUUGCCAAGUGAAAAAUAAAGAGUAUUUUGCAAGCUAUUAAAUGGGAAGUAAAGUUGAGUUGUUGCAAGGGGAGAAUCAAUAACACAGUUCUAAACAGGGCUUCAUGCUGCUGCUGGGGGAUUCCAGUUUCUGUCCUGAAGAAGAACUCUAAUUAGAGCUCAUAUGUGCAAUGCUUAUAUCUGAGUAGGGACUUGAUUUGGGAUAAUUUGUAUAGUUUAGCAUAAUGCUAAUAAUUGCUGAGUUUGGCAUGGUGGCUCAGUUGUAUUACUGACUUCUCUGUGGUGUUUAUGCUCAAUGAAAUUUCUGCUUACUUUAAAAAAAGAAAAAAAGAAGAAAAAACAUCUGGUAGCUGAAAAGGGCGUGUGUAUCCAUCCUUUUUAUGUAUGUUCUUUCAGAUGCUUAAUGUAAGUUCAUAUUUUUCCCUUCC